AUCUGGUCACAAAUACAGGCGAAGGCGGGGUGGUGGGACUUUGCAUCCAUGCAUCAUUUCUGAUGAUGAGCCAGAGGGAAGAUACCAUGUACCAUCCUCCUUGCCUAUGCGAUAAUAGCGAUAGCUAUCCACGACGAGUGAAUACCUGCAGUAUUACAAUUCACGAUCGGAAAAAAAAUGUCUCUCGAAGAACGAACCUCGCCUCUCCAUUUCAUGCGCCUGGCCCUGACCGAAGCCGGCCGCAGCCCUCCCAAGCCGACCAAUUUCUGCGUCGGCGCCUGCCUCGUCGCCCACGACUCCAGCCCGGCCGCCGAAGUCCUCACCACAGGCUACACGCUCGAAUGUGCGGGCAACACCCACGCGGAACAGAGCUGCUUCAUCAAACUGGCCCAGCGAUACGGCUGUUCCGUCGACGUCCUCGGCGAGAAACUCGCGCGGGAAUUCCAGACUUCAGCUCAACAACGUGCCAGCGGCGACACCGACGACGGCUCCUCCGCCGAGGGACUCCUCGCCUUAUACACCACCAUGGAGCCCUGCAAUCGGCGCUCGGCGGGGAACACGCCCUGCGUCGACCGCAUCCUGGCGUUGGCCCGCGCAGAUGGAACACCGGUCAUCCGAAGGGUUUAUGUUGGCGUCAGUGAGCCGGAGACUUUUGUCGGUGUCAAUCUGGGCAGGAGGAGACUGACCGAGGCGGGAAUCGAGGUCGUGCAUGUCGCUGGGUUGGAGGAGGCGAUCUUACAGGUGGCGACGGCGGGGCAUGAGAGGAAGGAGGAAGGGUCGUGAGGUUCGUUGAGUCGGUGAUGGUGAUGGUGAUGGUGAUGGUGAUGGUGAUGGUGAUGGUGAUGGUGAUGGUGAUGGUGAUGGUGAUGGUGAUGGUGAUGGUGAUGGUGAUGGUGAUGGUGAUGGUGAUGGUGAUGGUGAUGGUGAUGGUGAUGGUGAUGGUGAUGGUGAUGGUGAUGGUGAUGAUGGUAGUGUAAUGUAUCAUGGUUGGCACAGAUGGGCGCAAUUUGCAAAAUGUACUAUAUAUACGAACAUUUCGCGAUGACUUCGUGACGACUAUAUAGGUG